AUGAGUGAACCGAGUAGGAUCGAGGAGGGUAUGAGGUUCGAAACUCUGAAGACGGCCGGCGCCGAAGGGCUGGCAGCGAGGCUAGGCAGACUUGUACUCCCACAGCGCCAGGCCGUCGAUACACCCAAUUACUUUGCUGUCGCAUCCAGAGGCGUAGUGCCUCACUUGACCCCAGACACCAUAGCAAGGCAUGGCGGGCUCUCAGGGGCGUAUAUGGCCAUGGAGGACAUGGUCGAGAAGUCUCAGAAGAAAAUCACGAAAAUACCAGCUGUACAGAGAGUUCCCACGGCAGAUGGGAAACGACUUCAUGCCUUCACAGCCUUGCCUUCGUCGUCAAUCACGAUCUUGGGGCCUCGCCGGGUUCCUCCGGUCAAGGCACCCAUCGGAAACAGUGACAACUAUAUCCAAAUUUUCACUUCCAACGGCUUCCAGGCCCUAAGAAAUCCAGACUAUAUCAACGCCAUCGAGACGUUGAAGCCGGACAUAGCUAUUCCCCUGGCUGAUAUUAACUAUGGCCAAGAGACGACGCCACAAGCCAAAAGUAUCCGCAGGAUGUGCGAGAGGACGGAGGAGUGGAUGUCUGAGCUUCACGCGUCUGUCGACCUGGAUAACCUGCGGUCGUCAAAUACUUCCAUAUUUGCGCCGACAUUACCCGCUCCAUAUCCAAUGCAAUGGGAGUAUCUGAACCACCUCUCAGAAGAUAUUGUCGACAUACUGAGUGGUCUCGCAAUCUACGAUGUGGACAUCCUCCCCGACCUAGUCAAUUAUCCGGCCCUGACACCCCUUGCACGGCUGUCCGUCGACUCCCCGUCAAGUCCACACGAUGUCCUCCGGCAGAUUUCCCUCGGCAUCGACACCUUCAUCCUUCCAUUCAUCAACGCCACCUCCGACGCUGGCGUAGCUAUGACGUUCACCUUCACAGCGCCAACGGGGUCUGAAAGCAAUGCCGGCGGAAUCGACCUGCUUCCACUGGCGACAGACCUCACAGCCUCGGAAAACCAAACCUCCCUGGAACCCCUGACCGGCUCCUGCACCUGCUACGCCUGCACGCAUCACCACAGAGCAUAUUUGCACCACCUUCUCAACGCGCGGGAGAUGCUGGCCUGGACGCUCCUCCAGAUCCACAACCACCACACCAUCACGGAGUUCUUCGCGGCCGUCCGGGCAUCCAUCGCGUCUGGUAGCUUCGAGGACGACCGCAGAGCGUUCCAACGGGCAUACGAGGCCGAUUUUCCAGCGGGGAUGGGGACGCGGCCCAGGGCGAGAGGGUACCACUUCAAGUCCGAGGGUGGUGACGAGAAGAGGAACAAGCCGGUCUGGGGCCGCCUGAACGGGGAGGAAGAGAAGGAGAAGAAGGUGGUUGUCACGGAGAAGUUGCGUGCCAACGAGAUGGAGACCCCUCUGGUGCCUGGUGCGGAUGCGGAUGCGGCCGACUUGUGGUCAGGGAGGGUUUUGCUGAGAUAG